UUAUUUUUUAUUGGUUAUAAAUAUCACAAUAAAAAAGAAUAAUUAGGUUUUGUUCCUUUGGUUUACAGUUAUAAUGCACACAGAGUAUUUUACAAAUCAUUUCAAUCUAAACUGUACUGCUAUUUAAGAGAACAUUACCUGAGAAAACGCUGUAAGCCCGAUUAACAGCAAAUUUAUCAGAAUAAACCACCCAAAGUAAUAAUGUCUUGUAAAUACCAUCACAUUAGAGCAUUGCAAAAAGCAUUAUUUAGAAACCUUUCCUCUUCUCUGCAAGACAUCGUUGAGUGUGUUCAUUGUCUUGCAUUUUUUGCCAUUAUUGGCCACUUCAGCAUGUGGUUGAAAUGCUUUGCAAAAUCAAGGCCUGAUUUUUGUAAAUUUUGAUCUUUCAUCACUUGAGUGCAUCAAUUAUAUUUACAUUUUUAAAAUUACAUUGUAAUUGAAUGAAAUUGAAAGCUUUCAUAACUUGUUUUUGCCCUUGUUGUCUAGUUGGGCCAUCACAGAAACAGCUGCUUGCUGACACGCGAGAGCUGGGAUCUGAGACACCUCGAAGGGCUGCUGGGCUGAGGACAACAGGAUCAGGACCCUCCCUGCCAGGGAAGUCACCGAUGGACUGUGGACACUUAGCUGAGCGCAGCGAGAUCUCCGGCCCAGGCGCAGAGUCCAGCUCCCUGUUGCCUUCUGCUGCUGGUAGCAACUCCUGCCCGCCCGUGGUGGCUGGGCAGCGGGCUGGGGGGCCUCCCGGGAGACCCGCUGCCGCUAAUGCCGCUCGAGAGCGCAGCCGGGUUCAAACCCUGCGCCACGCUUUCCUCGAGCUGCAGAAGACUCUCCCCUCUGUGCCGCCCGACACCAAGCUCUCCAAGCUGGAUGUACUCCUCCUGGCCACCACCUAUAUUGCACACCUCACUCGCAGCCUUCAGGAUGAGGAAGAGUCACCAGGAGAGGGCUUGGGUACCCUGAGAGGGGAUGGAUACCUCCACCCUGUCAAGGUAGGAGAGCUGAGGAGCAGCUGCCACCUUCUUUCGGUGAAGAAGUACAUUGGUCUUCGAUACUUAGAUGAAUCUAAAGUUGUCAUGCUUGCUUACCUUGCAAGCAUGAAAAGACUUACAUGAAAAGACUGCCUAGACUAACCAUCCCGUCUAGGUGUGAGGGCUGUGAUGCAAGUGUCCUGGCACUUUGUCCCUCCAGCUUCAGGGACUUUGCACAAAGACAUCAAAUAAGCGUAGGCCCUAACCCAGUGGGGCUUGGUCCCUUGGAAGUGAAGGCAGAAGGCAACACCUCUGUCCCUACGUGGAAAUGCUGGUGAUCCCCCGCCAAACCCAUCAGAACCCACUGUAGGGGAUGUGUGUGGCUGAGGGGAUGUGCUGUCCCAUGGCAGCGACCCCAGCCAUGGCUGGGCCUGCUUUGGUUGUCCUGCUGAGGCAGCCAAGGUAUGGAAAGUGGCAUUAGUUACUGGCCACGUGUUAAUUCCUUCUAUGAAAGUGCUUUUCUGAUCCGUUUAUUUUGUCUAGUUGGUAUAUGCUUUUUCCUUUGGAAAAAAAACAACCAAGAACCCCCAAAGCCAACCAAAAAAUCCCCCCCCAAAACAAAACAAAAAACCCCAACCAACGAACAAACCCCCAAAACCAUGGUGAUGCAGAGGGGACGAGAAAGGGGCACUCCUCUUGGAGAGGACCUGGGACUGGAAGCUGUUUUCAAAAUGCAUUGCUCGCUGACUGAUGGGACUCAAAUACCAAGCUGUAUUUUCUUUGGCUCUGGUCUCGGGGAGUGAGUUGGAGCACUGGGGUGUUUUAUUUUUCUUUCUUUUUUUUUUUUCCCUUAAGAGUCUGAUGGAUUCAGAAUAAUUUAAUUAAGAUUAAUUUGUGAAGUAAUCUCUAAUUCCUAUAAAGUGACUAAUUCACAGAAAGUUUCUUGUUCACAGUGUUGGUUGCCCUAAAAAAAUCAUGAUGUGAACACAGGCUUCUGAGGCCACUGAAAUGAUUAGCAGGCUCAUUAAGAAAGAAAAACCUUUAAAUCAAUUAGGAGAUGGCUAUAACUUAAGAAAAAAUAUUGUGAUGUAUUUCAAAAUAAGUUCAAAUUGCUUCUGUUAGUUCUCUUGGUCAGAGUGAAAGGACACAGGUCUCUUAUGGUACAUUUUUUAUCAGCUGCCAACUAUUACUGGCAGAAAAAUACUUGCAAAUAGUUAUUACAGCAGUUAAAUGAUUCAGAUGCCCGCUUCUCAGGCUACUGGAAUACGGCAAUGCUGGAUUCAUUUAAGCAAUUACUUUUUAUGAUCUUAGUUGUGAGCCAUUUACCUGUGUGUAGUUUCGAGAUUCUAUCUAACCAAUCUUUCUAAUAUUCCUGGUAGUAAAUUAAACUUAGCUGGCACUAGAAUGGAAGUGUCACAGACUAAUCAUAGUACAUGCCUCAAAAACCCCAAAGUGCAGGAUAUGAGACAACCAGUACAGAUAAGGACUUUAACUACAUUCAUAUAUCAAGCAGAGUAAAUACAAACAGUGAGGAAAGUAAAGUAUCCAAGUACAGUUGUGUGUACACCAAACAAAAAUAUGGUUAAUGACUUUGGAUUCAGAUAUCUUAUUGGUGACAAACUGGUAACAUUCCACUUGAAAUAAAAAUAAUGAGAUCGUAUGGUCCUUCCAAAUGAGAAUAUGCAGCUGCUUUGUGUCUUUAAGUAAAAGUGCUGAGAUUUAACUGCAGUAUUAAGCCCCUCUAGUUUUUAGAGCGCGUGGGUUUUUUUUGUUCCCCACAGGAGAGGUGCCAGCUUGUUCCCAAAAGUGUCUUAAAAAAAAUGGUAUUUUUUUGGAACAACAUGCUGGCUGUGUUACCGGUCUUUUUGCAUCGGAGGGCUACGGCAAGCUGUCUUUUCAAACACGCACCUCCAAUAAUGAAAUCAGCACACCAAACUGGAGCUGAGUGCUUCCUCCUAGGAGAAGGGCACCCAGCUGAGUCACACUGCAGGGCCGUUUGCAGUAACUAACUUGCUCAGGUUAAGAAACAUGAGCAAUAAGAAUAGAUAUUUAAUGCCAGUCUAACUGAUGAUUUCAAUAAUCAAUGAACGGAAAGAUGAAUAGUCUAAUCUGAAAUCUUUGGAGCUGACAAAGAACAAGAAGUUGUCAGUGCUGAAGACUGUUGAGGAGUGAUUAUAUUAAAUUCUCUCUUUAUCGCACAGCUCUUAGCAGCCCCUGUGCUGCGGUUGGUGUGGUGGUGGCCAGCCAGCACAAAUGGGCAGGCACACAGGGCUGCAAUCUCUGCAGGUGCCGGUGUAUCCCUGCUGUAUCCCUGGCACCGUAAAGGGGAAUGCUUUGGUUUAUUCUAACAGAGCGCCUAUGGUACAAACUGUGCUACGAUGACUGAUCGGCAUGGCCUGCUCCUGCCUGUUGGGUCAUGGGGUGUUUGGGAGCUGUGCCUCACAAUUAGGUACCAAAGAAAAUACCCAGGCUGAGCUAGCAACAUCUUCCAACAAAUGACAAAACAGGCAUUUCCUGGUGAUGGCAACGGCUUCCUGUUUUCUUGUAUUGUGAGUCUGUCAACAUUUAAAGCUUUGCUGAGAACUGCAUUCAGACUGCAAAGGUCCCAGGUGUCUCAGCACUGUGCUUGUCUCUUCUCUUGCAGAAGUGGCCAAUGCGUUCCAGGUUAUACAUCGGAGCUACAGGACAGUUUUUGACUCACUCGGCACAAGGAGACAGCGCAAACCAAGGAGAAACGUCAUCAACUUCACAAAUCUAAUCUCCCUUCUCUCUUAA